AAUUCCUUCCAACAAAGAUUAUUUACACUAUGAUUUUCGUUGCGUUAGCAGCGUCACCAAUUUUGUACGUUAUUUAUAACUUGUACUCAAAAUACAAUAAUGUCUACAAGAAAUAUCAAGAUGUUUUCUCAGGCUAUGAAAUGAAGGACACUCCUGAAACAGAAGACCCCAUUACUUUACAGUUAACCUCCGGAAGUUUCCCAUCCUGGUUAAAUGGUAUUAUGUAUCGUGUUGGUCCUGGUAAGUUUAACAUCAAGCAAGAUGAUGGGUCUACUCUGGUUAUCAAGCAUGCUUUUGAUGGCUUAUCUUUUAUGCACCGUUUCCGCAUUGAUGGCACUACGCAAACCUUGAAAUAUAACUCGCGCUGUUUAGCCAAGUCUCUGGAAAAAGCUUUAGCUCAAAAUUCGUUCAAGGGUCUUAUUUUUUUCGGUUUUAUCCCAGUCUUGUCUUUCUCUAGAUGGCUGUAUCAUUUUUGGGCUCGUCUGGAUCAAUAUGUUCUUCGCCCUAGGUCAAGAGCUUCAAACAAAGCAGAUGGUCAUAACGUCGGUGUCACUGUAACUCCUAAUUUCCCUCUUCCUUCAAAAUGGGAAAAGAAUAAUCAAUCGGUUCUGGUCUCCAAAACAGAUGCAAACAUCCUUCAAAAAAUUCAUGCUGAAACUUUAGUUCCUGAAAAGGUUUUCACUUAUACUACAUAUGAUGCCAAGUUGAAGGGCCAACUUUCCGCUGCUCAUCAUCAAUCUGAUCCUGACACGAAAGAAAUCUUCAAUUUCACUUUAAGCUAUAAUCCCAAACCUCGUCUUAUUGUCUUUAGUACUUCUGAAGCAGGAAAAGUUACCGUCUUGGCCGAUUUUACUCAACGUACGGACAAAUCUAAUUUUCAAGCACCCUAUAUUCAUUCCUUCUGGCUUACCAAAAACUACGUGAUCAUCCCCGAGUCUCCCUUAAUUUACAAGGACAAAGGCAUUAACAUGUUGCUUAAUGGUAACAUUAUUUCUAGCAUGACUUGGGAAAAGAACUCGCCUACGUAUUUCCAUGUCAUUAGCCGUAAUGGUGAUGGUCUUGUUGCUUCUAUCCCUGGUCCUGCCUUCUUUACCUUCCAUGUAUCAAAUGCUUUUGAAACAGCUGACCCUGCAACUGGUGACAUUAUUUUAACUUUGGAUUGUGCCUCUUUCUCAGAUGGCAAUAUUGUGAACCAGGUUCAUAAAUUUGGUGCUUCUCAUUACAAAGGCCCUGACUAUACUCCUAAACCAAGCUCGGAAUUUAAUGGCACAACCUAUCCUCCUCCUCGUCAUGUUGAUUUUGGUGAUCUCAACCGUUACAAACUGAACCUAACUCAAUCCAAGCAUAUUUCUACAGACUUAAUGUGUAAGAACUUGGAAUUCCCUAGAAUCAACCAAUCCUUUGCCGGAAAUGCCAACUAUCGAUUUGUUUAUGGUUGUGAACUAUUGGGCUUUACAGAAAAGAGAGACGAAACCAACAGAAUUGUCAAGGUCGAUAUCGAUACUGGGGCUAUCACGUAUUACGGCGAUGAGGGGUUCUACUGCUCUGAACCCAUCUUUGUACCAAACCCCGAGGGUACAAGAGAAGAUGACGGUGUAUUGUUAAGUUUGGUCAACAACUUUGACUGUUGCUAUUUAAUUAUCUUGGAUGCCACCACAUUGACUGAAUUGGCCCGCUUUAAGAUUGGUCAAUUUACUGCUGUAACAUUCCAUGGUUCUUACGUUGAUCAUGAAUUUGAGUCUAUCAAUAUCAACUAA